GGGCUGGAGUUUGCUGACUGAUAAUUUGCUUUGGAGUGUGUGUGUGUGUGUACGUGUGUGUGAUUGUGUCUGAGUGUAAAGCACUGGCCAUUUUGGAUUUCUCCUCUGUUUGGCCACCAUGAAGCUCCCAGCGCUGCUGCUGGCCGCCCUGCUGUUCUCCCAAAGCUUGGGGUUCGAGUUUGUUAUUGAUGGAGAAUGGGAAGAUGAGUCAGAUCAUGAUGAUCUCCUCAGAGAAAGUCCCAGAUACAGAAGAAAUGUAUUGAUCAGUGAAGAGGAAGAGGACUUUGAGGCCAUUCAAGGAGAUAAUAUCAAGGUUAAGACCUAUAAGGUUGAAAGCAGGAUCACAUCGCGGUUCGCUCACACCACUGUCAGUAGCUCGGUGGAGAACGUAGGCACCAAUGCAGAGAGUAUCGGCUUCAACGUUCAGAUCCCCAAACAAGCCUUUAUCAACAACUUCACCAUGAAUGUCAACGGGAUCACAUUCGUCGGCUCUGUGAAGGAGAAAACUGUAGCUCGUAACCUGUACGCUCAAGCCAGAGCCCGAGGCAAAGCUGCAGGCAUUGUCAGGACUAACUCCCAGUCCACUGAAACCUUUAAAACAGAGGUCCAUGUACCUCCGGGCAGCAAAGUUGUGUUCGAGCUGCACUAUCAGGAGAUGAUGCAGAGAAAACUGGGCUCCUACACACACACUCUACACAUCCAACCAGGUCGUCUGGUGCCACUCCUACAGGUUGAUGUGUAUAUAUUCGAGUCUAAAGGCAUCAAGUUUGUUGAGGUCCCGGAUACACUUGGCGAACAUUUUAAAGAGCUGGUUAAGAUUACACACACAAACCAGAAGGCCCAUGUUGUGUUCAGACCCACCAUACAGCAGCAGCGCAAGUGCAGCAGUUGUAGUGAUACUGCUGUGGACGGUGUAUUAACUGUCCGAUACGACGUGGAGAGGGAAAACAAUGGACCAGAACUGCUGGUGUCUAAUGGACAUUUUGUUAACUUCUUCGCCCCAUCCCUUUUCUCUCCCCUUUCCAAAAACAUUGUUUUUGUGAUCGAUGUGAGUGGCAGCAUGUGGGGCCUGAAGAUGAAGCAGACAGUGGAGGCCAUGAAGACUAUCCUGGAUGACCUGACUGAGGACGACUAUUUUAGCAUCAUUGACUUUAAUCACAACGUACGGUGCUGGAGUGAGGACCUCCUCAUGGGAAGCUCUCUAAAUCUAAAAGAAGCCAAAAAGUACAUUCAAGACAUCAAACCAAAUGGAGGCACCAACAUCAAUGAGGCUCUGCUGAAGGCGAUUCAGAUGCUUUUGAAAGCACAAAAUCAAGGCUUGAUCGAUCCACGCUCUGUCUCUAUGAUCAUCCUGAUCUCUGAUGGAGACCCCACAGUGGGGGAGAUAAAGCUCAGCACCAUUCAGAAGAACAUAAAACGUGCCAUGCAUAAGGAUUUCUCUCUCUUCUCUCUGGGCAUCGGCUUUGAUGUGGAUUUCGACUUCCUGGAACGUAUCGCCAUGGAGAACAGAGGCAUGGCACAGAGGAUCUUCGCUAAUCACGACGCUUCAGACCAGCUCAAGAUGUUCUACAGCCAGGUGUCAUCCCCCCUCCUGAAGCAGAUUACUAUCAGUUUUGAAGAGGGCUCUGUAACGAACGUCACUCAGAAUCAGUUCGAUAAGUUCUUCAAAGGCUCCGAGCUGGUCGUUGCUGGCAAAAUUAAUCCCAGUGACUCCAACAAGUUGCAGGGGAUCAUCACUGCCUCUGCUGCCGCCAUUGAUGUCACCAUUGAGGCAGAGGCAGACGUCCAGGCACUUGACGCGCUGCUCAAUCAACAACAGCAUUCGUUUGCAGACUUCGCCCGCCAGAUGUGGGCCUACAUUACUGUCAAUCAACUGUUGGCCGAGCGCUCUGUAGCAGCUACAGCAGCAAAAAAGCGGAGGAUUACACAGCGGCUUCUUACCCUGUCCCUAGAGCAUCAGUUCGUCACUCCUGUCACUUCUUUAUUGGUGGAGAGCGAGGCUGGGCCUGAGAGACUGCUGGCCGACUCGCCAAGGGACCCCAGACACGGCUGCUGCUCUGUUACCCCGAGUCAAACAGUGCGAAUGGUGGAAAGUCUCCCUCCUAAAAUCCCUCCAUGGGCAGUAGCACCUCCAACACCAGGCCCGUACCAAGCGGAGGUUUUAAGAGACAAACAAGUAACAAUGCUCAACGUACCUACUUCAGUGGAUAACGACCCUCAUUUCAUUGUCCACCUGCACAAGAACAAUAUGGACGUCUGUUUCAACAUUGACUCCAAGCCGGGACACAUCCUCAACCUGGUGUCCGACCCUGUAACAGGGAUUGCAAUCAAUGGACAGUUGAUAAGUGGAAAGAAAAUGAAAAACAACAAACUGAACACAUACUUUGGCACCAUCUCCAUCUACGCCAAAGAGCUGGGGCUGAACGUUGUGGUGCACACCAACAGGAUCGACUUGAUUGAAGGCAAAAACAAUCACUCUUUUUCCUGGGGAGCCACAACUUAUCUCAACUUGAAGAGGGCGAUGGUUUCCAUUCAGAAGGAGAACAUGUUGACAGUGACGAUUGAUGGCAAGAUCUCAGUGAGGGUGCUACUGCAUCGGGUAUGGAAGAAGCAUCCAUUCAACGUGGAUUUUCUGGGAAUCUACACAAUCGGCACUAACCAGUACUCCUCCCAGGUCCAUGGUCUGAUCGGGCAGUUUUCAAGUGAGCCCAACGUGAAGGUGUAUGACCUGCAUGAAGGAACAGAGCCAGAGAAGAAACAAGCCACCAUGGAAGUGAAGGGCAACAAACUCACGGUCACCAGAGGCAAGCAGAAGGACUACCAGUGGAAUAGGAAGCAAGGUUCAGACGUAUAUUGCUGGUUUGUCCAUAACAGUGGGAAAGGCUUUAUCGAUGGCCAUUACACCAGCUAUAUCGUCCCCAGCCUGGACAGCUUUCUCCCGCCUGUCUGAGUGUGCAUAAGCAUGUCAGCUCAAAAGCUGUCAAAAACAGGGUCGGUAGCGAUCAGAAAAUUUAAACCAGAGAGGAAAAAAUUGUGUAAGAAGGGUUUAAUUAAAAUUGCCUUACACAUGAAAACUGUAUGGAAGGAACACAUGGAACAAUGAAUAGAAACAACAGGCGGUGCUUUAUAUCCAAUAGACUGAAAUCAAUGAGGAAUAUAAUUUAACAGUGUGGAGUUUACAUUGUUCAUACAAUCCAGUCGUCUUCUGUAUUAAUCCAAGUGUGAAUCCAUUCAGCUACAUUCUGUAUUUACAAACAU